CGUCCCGUCUCGCCUCGUCCCGGACCUCGAGCUGAGUUCCCACCAGGUCGAGAAUGUCGAGCUCGGCACCGCCGCCGGCGGGACCCCUAGACGAGGACGAGCGCGAUCCGGUCCCCAGCCAGACCGACCAGACCCAGGAAUGGGAGGUCAUGGCGCGAGCCUGGCUCCGAGCCUUCCCGGAGGCGAAGGAAGUGACCACCACCGACGUCGAGGCCUGGAUCGACGUGAACCACGACGCCCUCCCGUCGGAGCUCAGGUCCAUGGAGAGGGCCGAGCUCAUCGAGCGCCUCCUCUCCAUUCAGAACAUCCUCCGGUUACCGGCUCAAAUCCCUGGAGAGGAAAAGGAAACAACAGGUCAUAUGAAUUAUCCACCAGCUCGGUUUCAACGUACCGAUCAAUGGCUACCGGUUUAUUCCUGGUUGGAAUCACUGGAACAGGAUGAGGUAGUUAAAUCCAAGGAUAUAUCUGACUGGCUAACUGACAACCCAGAGAUCAGAGAACAGCUUUGCUCAAGACAUUCUCGAUAUCAUUUGACGCACUACAUCAAAAAAUGCCAUAUGAAGAUACUAAAGAGACGGGAAAAACAGAAGCUGCUUCCUCAAGCUCCUUCUGUUAAUGCUAGCAAAGACGUGGUUCAGAAGCAAGUGAUGCAAUUCCAUAUGCAAAAUUACCGUCUGUCCUUGCAUGUUUAUUGCUUUUCCCAUGAUGCAGUUGCUAGUCAACCUGCCAAUCCUUUGAACAACAUACCGAGAGAUAGUGAACUUUAUGUGGCCAAACGAAAUGAAGCAUUUCAGAAGUACGAAAUUUUGGUCGCGCUGGAAAAGCAAUUGUCCACUCUCUUUCCGAAGCCUCAAGUCGUAAACAAGUGAACCGCGCAGAGCUCAAGUCACUUUGUAUAUGCACUUAGCAAGGGUGAAUUGUUGUGUUUCCUGCUGGUUUUAGGUGCAUUCACAGAAGUAGAACAACAGGAGUUUUCUCUAUGGACAUGGUGUCUGUGUGAAUAAUCUCUCUCCUUUUAGUUUGUUGCAUGACGACUAAUUUUGUUUUCGCAAAGCCUUGCUACCUGUACAGAAGAAUGGCUAGCUGCUGAUAUUUAUCCAGUGUAAGAAUUGAAAAGAGAUUUUGAUGAUGGCCAUGGAAUAGAGAAAGAGUGGCUAAGUACAACUUCCAGAAAAGGUGACAUGCAGCAUUUCGUUGCUGUUUUUUAUAUCAAAA